UAUCUCAAGUUAAAGUUGUCUGUAAAAUAUUUUGUUUCAAAUACUUUUUCUACUUGAGUUUCCAUUGGACAAUAGGUCAGUGAACAAGGAAACUGUUAGGUUUCUUGGUGACAAGGAAACUGUUAGGUUUCUUGGUGACAAGAAACCUAAAUUCUAUCUCAAAAUAAACAAUCACAAACAGAGAGAAGGAAUCUCACUGUGAGGCAGCAGUUUAUUGAAUGAAAAAUACAGAAAACAUUCAACAACAUCCAAGGGAAAACAUUCUCUUUUACACAGUGUUAGAGAUAUUAUAUUUAGUUUAUAUUGUGUUUAUGUUAAUUAGGGAAACAUAGUACCUAUAUGUUAAUUAGGAUCUAUUUUCUAUUAUACACGAUCAAAGUUCUUCAUGCUGUUGGCAUUAUACGGACUCUCUGAUGAUUCCUCCCAUGUCCGUGUUCAGAUUUUAGGUUCUCCUGUCAUACCCAACUUUUCUUCUACUUGUUCUGGUCUUUUGCGUAUUCCGAGCAAACCAAUCAUUGAAACAUCUCCUCAUAUUGAUGAUUCCUCUGUUAUGGUUGCCCAACAUGAUGAUAAAAGUCGGUCUCGCAAGCCAGGUAAAGGACGACCAAAAUGUGACCACUGUGGCAAGUUAGGCCACAGAAUUGAUAGAUGUUAUGCGCUUCAUGGACGUCCUCCUCGAUCUGCAGCAAUGGCUAAUUCUGAUCCACCUCCUCGGCCUGCAGACCAUCCUACUUCAUCAAAUACUGUAGAUAACCCUGUAGUCUUCAACGAAUUUCUCAGAUGGUAUGAGGAUCGUCAGCAAUCUAGUUCCACUACAUCUGCAUCUGUUGCAUGCACAGGACCGGAGUUCGAAACACAUGAUUGGCACAGGAUGUGAGUCUCAUAGCCUAUAUCUUCUCCGCCGUUCUCCACAUGUUGGCGUCAUCAUGGAGUCACCAUCCCUUCUUCAUGCUCUGUUAGGUCAUCCCAGUCUUGCCAAACUGCAGCAGCUUGUUCCGAGUUCAUCGAAGUUAUCCCACUUGUCGUGUGAGUCUUGUCAGUUAGGAAAGCAUACUCGUAGUUCCUUUCCUCAUAGUGUUUCACAAUGAGCGUCGUCACCUUUUUCAUUAGUUCAUUAUGAUAUUUGGGGACCUAGUCGUGUUAAAUCCACUUUAGGAUUUCAGUAUUUUGUUACUUUUAUUGAUGAUUACUCCAGAUGUACUUGGUUGUUUUUAAUGAAGAAUCGUUCUGAGUUGUUUUCUAUUUUCCAAUCAUUUUUUAAUGAAAUAAAAACACAGUUUGGGGUUUCUAUUGGAACUUUACGCAGUGACAAUGGUCGUGAAUACCUUUCUCAACGGUUUAAACAUUUUAUGGCUUCUCAUGGCAUUCUUCACCAGACCUCCUGUGCUUAUACUCCUUAACAAAAUGGGAUGGCUGAGUGCAAGAAUAGACACCUUAUUGAAACAACUCGUACACUUCUAAUUCAUGGCCAAGUACCCUCGCGUUUUUGGGGUGAUGCAGUUCUCGGCGCAUGUUAUAUCAUCAACCGCAUGCCGUCUUCUGUCCUAGAUAACAAAAUCCCUCAUUUUGGCUUAUUUCCUCAAGACCCUUUACAUCCAUUACCUCUUAAAGUUUUUGGGUCUACAUGUUUUGUUCAUGAUUUUAGUCCUGGUCUUGAUAAGUUAUCUCCUAGAUCUCACAAAUGUGUCUUCUUAGGAUUUCCACGGUCACAAAAGGGCUAUAAGUGUUUUUCUCCUUCCCUCAAUCGUCAUUUUAACUCUGCUGAUGUCACUUUUGAUGAAUCUUCGUUUUAUUUUUCACAACUAUCAUCUAGUUCUGUACCUCCACCUACCACUGUUGAUAUUUCUAUUGUCUGUGAUCCUUUAGACUCUCAUUCCCCACAGGAUCGUCCUUCAAUUCCACCCCUUCAGGUUUAUAGUCGCCGCAAUCGUCUCCUUCAUGACUCACCUCCUGUGCCGCCUCCUGUGUCUCCUCCGGAUCCAGCAAAUGAGUCUGACCUGCCUAUUGCCCUCCAUAAAGGUAUACGCUCUACUCGUAACCCUUCCCCCCAUUAUACUGUUCUUAGUUACCAUAGGUUAUCUCCAUCUUUUUACACAUGUCUCUCAUCCAUUUCUUCUGUGUCAAUUCCCAAGUCUAUGGGUGAUGCCUUAACUAAUCCUGGUUGGUGUCAAGCCAUGCUGGAUGAAUUAAGUGCUUUACAGAAAAGUGGAACUUGGGAGCUUGUCCAAUUACCAUCUGGAAAGUCUGUUGUUGGUUGCAGGUGGGUGUAUGUUAUCAAAGCUGGCCCUGAUGGUACAAUUGAUCGCUUGAAGGCUCGACUGGUUGCCAAAGGCUACACACAGAUUUUUGGUUUGGAUUAUGGUGAUACCUUUUCUCCAGUGGCGAAAAUGACCUCGGUUCGCCUAUUUAUUGCCAUGGCCCAUCUUCGACAAUGGCCUCUUUACCAACUUGAUGUCAAAAAUGCUUUCCUUCAUGGUGAUUUGCACGAAGAAAUUUAUAUGGAGCAACCGCCCGACUUUGUUGCUCAGGAGGAGUCAUCUGGAUUGAUAUGUCGUCUUCGCAAAUCCCUAGAUGGCCUAAAACAGUCUCCUCGAGCCUGGUUUGGUAAAUUCAACUGUGUUGUUCAACA